CGUUGCUGGUGAGUUGGCAUCAGCUGGCAUGAAACAAGAUUCCCCCACUCUAUCGAACAUUGGUGAUGUGUCUUCCUAUCGUUUCAUGCCGUGAAUGGUCCUGACUCCAGUACUGCCGUGAAGCGUGGUUGUUGUCUCAGACGCGAAUGAUUUUGGAUUUCUUCGUUGAUCAGUUUUUAGUGUUUACUCAAUUAUGAAUUUAUUGUUAGUAUUUCUUGCAGUUCUUGCAUUCGUUUCUGGAAACGAUGAGGAAGAAACGGGAGCACGGUUACUUGUAUCGAAACAGAUUUUGAACAAGUACUUGGUUGAAGAUAAAGAUAUUAUUGUAAAAUAUACUCUUUAUAAUGUGGGAAAUAGUGCCGCCUUGGGCGUUCAGUUGACAGACAACAGUUUCCAUCCAGAUGCGUUCGCCGUUGUUGGUGGUCAGCUGAAUAUGAAAUUAGAUCGUAUUGCCCCUGGCACUAACGUAUCCCAUGUUGUUGUCGUGAGACCUCGGAAGUACGGGUAUUUUAAUUUUACUGCUGCAGAGAUCAAUUACAGGCCAUCGGAGGAGGUUAAAGAGCUUCAGCUUGCAGUUACCAGUGAACCUGGCGAAGGUCUCAUUAUUGCUUUCAGAGAUUACGAUAAGAAGUUCUCUCCUCAUGUGCUGGAUUGGAUGGCUUUUGCUGUUAUGACAUUGCCUUCACUUCUUAUUCCAUUCUUGUUGUGGUAUUCCAGCAAGUCUAAAUACGAGAAACUUAGUAAGCAUAAGAAAGAGAAGACAUCGAAGGAUUAAAUGUUAUUGCAAGUAGCCAAGAUGUUUUUGAAGACUAUUAGGGUGCUGACUGUCAAUUAAUUAUGUAUCUUUACUAAAAAGUAACAUUGUGUACAAAUUAGUUGAUAAUUCAUGGGUGCAUUAGAAAAAUUGAUAAACAAUGGUAAAAAGUUUUCUUAUCCAUCGGAUAAGAUCCUAUUUAAUAUUUUCACACAUUUUCUAAGUUUAUGCCUGUGUGAUAAAUGGUAUUUCAUUGACCUUACCUUUAUUAUACUAGAUACAAUGAACCAUUUUCUUUACUCCAGGAAGAGUUGUUAAAUUGGAUGUAAUUACAAGCCAUUUAAUCUACUCCAAAUGUGUAAGUUAACAGCUUUUGAAGGCAAAUGGAUAAGGAAAAUGUAUGAGACAUUUUAUAAAUUCAAAGAAAUUUCUUUAAGUCAAUAUCACUGUAAAGUCAUGGUGAUUUGUUUCAUAAUUAAAGCCACAAAAAUAAAUUACAACUGAAAAAUGGCUAAAAUACAUUUUUUCUCAGAAAUUUUAAAAUGUCACUCAUACUGUAUUCCUAAACACUGCUGCUUUCCUUUAUUUAAUUUUCAAAGGAGUAAAAUUCAGCAUCAUUGAAAUGGAUUGUAGCAUUGCAUUACGUUGUAUCAUUAGCAGCAUUGUUGAUGCAACUAAAGAAAACAUCGAUCUCUAGAAUCAUAUUAGAACUCUUAAAAGGACUUUUGAAGUCUGAUUUUCAUCCGUUCCAUUAUCAGUCUGUUUUACCAGGACAAAACAAAUUUCAUCUAAGUUAUUUAGAUCCCUUACCAUACCUUGCUUUACUUAACAUAGUGUUUCUCGGCUAGGAUAUGAAAGGAGUCUUAAUGUGUUAAGGUUUCUCUGAGAUAUCAGAAACAAAAUACAUAUUUUAACAACUUUUAAAGUAAACUUAAGAAUCGUAAAUGCUUGUUUCCAAAAGGUACCAAAUCCAUCAGGACAAGUUUUACAGAAGAGCCUUAACCUUACUGUUGCUAAAAUUGUUAUUGUAUUAAAUUGGUAUUUCAACUUGUGUUUUACGUUAUUUCACAUUUUAUUCCAAUGUUAUAACGAUUUAUUUUGUAAAAUUUUGAGAAAUUGAAAAAGUUGGAUGGUAGUAUAUAAUUGACAAAAUAACUAACAAGAUGGUUUUUAGUAAUCUCUCUAUCUUUUAGAGGUAUUAUCUAAACAAUUUCUAGGAAGUGUUAAUUUCAUCAUGGUAUAUUAACUACAUUUUCUCCUACAGCUUUUUUGCAGAGAAACAUGUAGUAGAUUUGAUGUGUUCUUUCAAACAAGAACUUUGAGACCUCUAAGAGUAAAAUUUGGGAGUUUUUGUGAAAAAUAUUGUACUUAGAUUUUGGCAUCCAUGAAAUAUGUGCUGCAAUCUGUAGUUGAAUUUUUGAAAAUUAUGAAUUUGAUAUACCUUUUGUAACCUUCCUCAAAUAGUUAAGACUUGGGAUAUGAUUAUUAAGGAGGCUUUACCAACACAGGAUGUCUUUGACAAUCUUGGAAGGAUUCUGAGAAAAGAACAAUAUAGCCUAUGGAAUUUGAAAAGUUUGGGAUCUGCAUUUUUUCCUUGUUACUUGAUGUAAUCUUUGUAUCAAAACUUUUCAUACAAUUCCUCUCUAAUUGAACUUCCAAAGACAAAGCAGUGAUGUGAUGCAAUAUGAAACCACCACAAAAAUUCCAAGCAUAUGUGAAGUAAUUCAGGUGCAACAUGGCCCUUUUUUAUAUAUAAUUCAUUAAACGGUUUACCAUCUCAGAGAAUCCAUCCAACCACUGAACGUCGAAGAUUAUUAACAAUUCUUGGCAACAAACUAUGCAGUCAUAAAAUACAAAAUAUUUCACAUGGAUAUUUUUGUGUAAACUUUCAAGACUGUUUGUUUUGUAGAUGUGUAAGAUUGCUAAUGACCUCAUGGAAGUAUGUAUGUCCCAUGCACUGUGCACUAUAAUAAAUGAAUAA